UAUAAAAGAGGUACAAAGAAAUCAAUAUAACGAACAGGCGGCCCAGCUAGAUAUACUCUCCACAUAUAUAUCUAUUUUUCCUUCCAAAGCUCAAGAAAUUAACUAAACAAGUUGAUUAUUAGCAUCGAUACAUAUGGCUGGAGCUAUUGUCUACGAAGAUUUCGAACCCUACAGCAAGUGGCAGAGAGAGCAAGAACAUGACAUGCUUGAGGUUCAUCUCAAUGGUUUCAAAAAGGAUCAACUUAAGAUUCAACUCAGCAAUCUUGGAGUCAUGAUAAUAACUGGAGAACGUCCUUUGGAAGGGAGCAAACGAAGCCGUUUUCGGAAAGAAUUGAGGCUUUCAUCAAUGGAUUACAAAACUGAUGAAAUUCGCGCAAAAAUGUCUGGUGAUAUUCUUUCAGUAUUUUUGCCUAAGAAAACUGUAUUAUCAUCACCCUCCUCUCAAAAUAAUAUGUCGACAUUGCCACUGCAAAAUAAAGAAAAUGAAAGAACCCAACCGAAGACCAUCCCAUCUGGUACUACAACUGAAAAUACCAAAACCAGCAAGUUUUCAGGCUACAGAUUUCGGCUGCCAGAUAAUAUAGUUUUAAAUCUUGGAACUAGGAAUGUUGUUAUAGCGUUUGCUUUGGGGAUAGUUGUUGGUGCAUUUGUAAUGUACAUGUACCGUCAGCUCUCUCUCUAUUGAAAGCUAAAUGUUACUACUGUUCUAGCUUCUAAAAGCUAUUACAUUCUGUAAUCUAUGCCAUAUAUUCUGAUUUGAAGGUUUCAAUUAAACAAUGCCACAUAUUCUGAUU